CCGGAUUGAAAUGGAAUUGAUUGCAAGUGGCGGAACUGCGUAGUGAGUGUUGUUGGUGCCUGGCCCAACAUUUUGAACCGGCAAUGAAAUAGGGCUCCACUAGAAAAUACCACAUUGGCGCGAAAACUACAGAGUUCCCGCCAUUUAUAGCAUCCAAAUCAUUCCCUCUCACUGAGUGCGAGAUUUAGAGAGAAAAAGAGCUUCACUGAGGUCGAGAUCCAUAGCGAGAGAUGGAGGAGGAACAACCAAUGGUCGCCGGAAGACGGAGGAACAGAGGAGCCGGCGCGGCAGCGCGAGCUGACGCCCUAGAGCGUCUCAAAGCUAUCCGCCGCGGAGGCCGACGCUCCGACGGUGGCGGGUUCCAGAUCAAAAUGGAAGAUCCCAUCUACGACACCGUGGAGGAAGAUGAGUACGAUGCGCUGGUUGCGAAGCGUCGAGAAGAAGCUCGAGGGUUCAUCAUUGACGACGAUGGUCUUGGCUACGGAGACGAAGGGCAGGAAGAGGAUUGGUCUCAAACGGGUCUCCCUCCGUCAUCAGAUGAAUCCGAAGGUGAAUCAGAGAAACCCAAGAGGAAGAAGGCGGAGAAGAAGGACCCGCCACCCAAAAAGCCCUCUGCUUUAUCGGCUGCCGCGGCUUUAAUGGGUAAGCAACGACUCUCUAGUAUGUUCACUUCUUCAGUUUUCAAGAAGAAGAUGGACGAUAAGACAAAGAAUUUGUCAUCUGAUAGCAUUGUUGAUGAUGUAAUUGCGGAAUUCGCACCCGAUGAGGCUGACCGAGAGAGGCGACGGAGGGUACAGCCAUCUUCUUUGUCGGGUUCCAAGAUUUUUGCGCCAAUUGAUAUGGUUACUUCCGUCAAGAUUGAGAAGCCACCUGUUGAUUGUGUUAGUUUGAUGGCUAGGCCUGAAAUCACCUGUGUUACUACGAAUAGUGAUUAUGUGUUCGAUAAUGUGCAAAAAUAUGAUAUAAUUGAGGAAAGGGAUUCGUCCAAGGAAUUUGAAAAUGGGAAAGAUUUGAACAUUGAAAUGUGUAGGGAGACUCAGAAACCAGAGACAAAAUUGCACGAGUCCUCAACAAAAGGAAGUGCCGUUGAGGAGAGUAUGCCUAAUGGCAUUGAAGUGAAGUCAGAGAAGAAGGAAGAGGUAUAUACUCUAAAUGCAAAAAUCAAGGAGGAAAAGGACCCUAAGUUGAGUGCGACUUUUGGGUGGCAGGCAGUGAGGAAUGCAGGAAAUGGGUCUAUCUCUUGCAAUGGAGUAGAAACAAACCCUAGUUUUAGCUGCGAAGAAAAACUGGAUUUCGAGUUGGAUUCUGACGGCUCACUGCCUUUUUACAUACUUGAUGCUUAUGAGGAGAACAAUGGUGCUAAUAUGGGCAAUCUCUAUCUCUUUGGCAAGGUCAAAGUAGGAAGUACAUAUCACAGCUGCUGUGUGGUCGUAAAAAACACGCAGAGAUGUGUCUAUGCAAUCCCAAAAUGUUCUUUGUUUCAGAAUGACAUGAUUAUGAAGCUUGAGAAAGAUGCUGAAAAGUCUAGAAUUUCUCCUACAGCUUUCCGUACAAAGCUCCAGGAGAUGGCAUCGGGAUUAAAGACUGAAAUAGCAAAGCAGUUGUUGGAUCGUAAUGUUUCAAGUUUUAGCAUGGCACCUGUUAAGAGGAAUUAUGCAUUUGAGCGAUCAGACAUAGCUGUUGGGGAGAGUUACAACCUCAAGAUCAAUUAUCCAUUUAAGGACCCACCACUUCCCUCAGAUCUCAAGGGAGAAACUUUCUCUGCUUUACUUGGCACUCAUUGCAGUGCAUUGGAGCUUUUUCUUGUUAAGAGGAAGAUAAAGGGACCUUCCUGGUUAUCAGUUUCAAAAUUCUCUGGCUGUCCAGCUCCUCAGCGUGUAAGCUGGUGCAAAUUUGAGGUUAUUGUCAAUAGUCCAAAGGACAUACAAAUUUCUACUUCCUCAAAGAAUACAGCAGAGAUUCCUCCGGUGGUUGUUACCGCAAUAAAUCUGAAAACUAUCAUCAAUGAAAAACAAAAUGUCAAUGAAAUUGUUUCCACAUCUGUCAUCUGCUGUCACAAGGCCAAGAUUGACACGCCCACAUUAGCCUCAGAAUGGACAAGGCCUGGUAAUCUUAGCCAUUUUACUGUCGUGCGUAAGCUUGAGGGGGGCAUAUUUCCGAUGGGAUUUACUAAAGAGGCCACAGAUAGAAAUUCCAAGGCUGGAUCAAAUGUCAUCAGUUAUGAAAGCAGUGAAAGAGCUCUAUUGAACCGUCUGAUGAUUGAAUUACAUAAAUUGGAUAGUGAUGUUCUUGUUGGACACAAUAUUUCUGGGUUUGAUCUGGAUGUUCUUCUUCACAGAGCUCAGGCCUGCCGAGUGCCUAGUAGCAUGUGGUCCAAAAUAGGCCGUCUCAAGCGUUCUGUGAUGCCUAAGCUUUCUAGAGGAAGCACCAUUUUUGGGUCCGGGCCGAGUCCAGGGAUUAUGUCUUGCAUUGCAGGCCGCCUAUUAUGUGAUACAUUUUUGUGUUCACGUGAUCUACUAAAAGAGGUCAGUUAUUCUUUGACACAGCUUGCAAAGACUCAGCUGAAUAAAGACCGGAAGGAGAUCGCUCCACAUGAUAUUCCCUUGAUGUUUAAAACUUCCGAAUCCCUUAUGGAACUUAUUGAAUUUGGCGAGACAGAUGCAUGGUUAUCAAUUGAACUCAUGUUUCAUUUAAGUGUUCUUCCCCUCACGCGACAGCUAACUAAUAUCAGUGGUAACCUUUGGGGAAAAACACUCCAGGGUGCCAGGGCACAGAGAGUAGAAUAUCUUUUGUUGCAUGCUUUCCAUGCAAAGAAAUAUAUCGUCCCAGACAAGUUUUCUUCUCAUCCAAAGGAAUUAAAAGUGACAAAACGUAAACUGAAUGGUGCUGAGGACAAAGAAAUGGAUGAUUUGGAUGUUGAUAAUGCAAAUUUUGAAAAUGAAUCACCACAAAAUGAUAAUAGGAAAGCUAAAAAGGGGCCUGCCUAUUUAGGUGGAUUGGUUUUGGAGCCAAAAAGAGGUCUAUAUGACAAGUAUAUAUUACUUUUGGACUUUAAUAGUCUCUAUCCUUCAAUCAUUCAGGAAUACAAUAUAUGCUUUACAACUGUUGAAAGAUCUUUGGAUGGAUCAUUUCCUCAUCUACCAUCUUCUAAAAAGACUGGAGUUUUACCAGAGUUACUGAAAAAUUUGGUUGAAAGAAGGAGAAUGGUAAAGUCUUGGCUAAAGACUGCAUCUGGUCUCAAGGUUCAGCAGCUAGAUAUACAGCAGCAAGCACUUAAGCUCACUGCAAACAGUAUGUAUGGAUGCCUGGGGUUUUCCAAUUCCAGAUUCUAUGCAAAGCCACUUGCAGAGCUUAUAACAUUACAGGGAAGGGAGAUCCUUCAAAGUACUGUUGACCUUGUUCAGAAUCAUCUAAACUUAGAGGUGAUCUAUGGUGAUACAGAUUCAAUUAUGAUUUAUAGUGGACUUGAUGAUAUUCCAAAAGCCAAAGCAAUUGCAGGGAAGGUCAUCCAAGAGGUAAACAAAAAGUACAGAUGUCUAGAAAUUGAUCUUGAUGGCUUGUACAAGAGAAUGCUACUUCUCAAGAAAAAGAAGUAUGCAGCUGUCAAAGUGCAAUUUAAGGAUGGGACACCAUAUGAGAUUAUUGAACGGAAAGGUCUUGACAUGGUUCGUCGUGACUGGAGCUUGCUAUCUAAGGAAUUGGGAGAUUUCUGUCUGAGUCAAAUAUUGUCCGGAGGAUCUUGUGAGGAUGUUGUUGAAUCAAUACACAACUCUCUAAUGAAGGUACAGGAGGAAAUGAGGAACGGACAAGUAGCACUAGAGAAAUAUAUCAUUACAAAGUCAUUAACUAAACCUCCAGAAGCCUAUCCAGAUUCCAAAAGUCAACCUCAUGUUGAAGUAGCACUUAGAUUGAAGAAAAGUGGAUACUCUACUGGUUGCUCUGCUGGUGAUACAGUUCCUUACAUAAUCUGCUGUGAGCAGGGGACUAGUUCAGGUACUUCAACAGGGAUUGCUCAGCGGGCUAGACAUCCUGAUGAAUUGAAAGGAGACAAUGGAAAAUGGAUGAUUGACAUAGACUAUUACCUGUCCCAGCAGAUUCAUCCUGUGGUAUCACGUCUGUGUGCGUCAAUUCAAGGUACAAGCCCAGCACGUUUAGCUGAUUGUUUAGGGCUUGAUUCGUCCAAGUUCCAAAGUAAAUCAAGUGAAGCUGUCAACGGUGAUCCUUCCAGCUCACUCUUGGGUGCAGCAGAUGAUGAGGAGAGAUACCGGGGUUGCGAGCCUUUGACCUUAUCAUGUCCAAGCUGCUCUGGUUCUUUUGACUGCCCGACUCUGUUUAGUUCUAUAUGUUCAUUCAUCAGUGAAAAGCCAACAGAUUCACAACCAGGGGAAUCUACUAGCAAUUUCUGGCGCAAAUUGCGUUGCCCUAAAUGUCCAGAAGAAGGUGAUGAGGGUAGAAUGUCUCCUGCAUUGAUAGCCAAUCAGGUCAAAAGGCAAGUUGAAGGGUUCAUGUCAAUGUAUUAUAAGGGCUUAAUGACGUGUGAUGAUGAAACUUGCAAGUAUAUUACACGUAGCCUGAACUUGCGAGUAGUUGGUGAUUCAGAAAGAGGAACAGUAUGUCCAAAUUAUCCUCGCUGUAAUGGGCACCUUGUGAGAAAGUACACGGAAGCAGAUCUGUACAAGCAACUUACAUAUUUUUGCCAUGUCUUGGAUACCGUACGCUGCAUUGACAAGGUAGAGGGUAGCAUCAGAAUACCCGUUGAGAAAGAACUGGCAAGAAUCCGGCCACUGGUGGAUUUGGCAGCGUCAACAGCACAGAAUAUCCGGGAUCGGUGUGCCUAUGGCUGGGUGCAGCUGAAGGACCUUAUUGUCACAAUUUGAUUGCUAAAAUGGCACACAUCACUAUGUUAGAAGUGAGGUGAUUCUUAUACAUAGGCUCUGUGAAAAUUGGAUGUCAACGCUAGUCGAUGCCUGAAAUGCUUCAUGUAUUACUAAUAAAUAAAUCCUUGGCCUACCUAUUGAGGGCUACCCAUGUAAAUAUUUGUUUCACUAAUAUUUCAUGUGGCUGGCUGUAUUAGCAAUAUUUUCAUCCUUGGUCGAUCAUCUUAUACAUCAUUCUGGUUAUAACCAAGUCCAGUUCUGCUUAAA